AUGGAGCUCUCCGCGGCGGGGGACCGUAUUUUCGCCGCAGAGGCAAUCCUCAAGCGGCGCAUCCGGAAGGGGAGACAGGAGUACCUGGUCAAAUGGAAAGGCUGGGCAAUGAAACACUGCACAUGGGAGCCAGAGGAGAACAUCCUUGACGACCGACUCAUCCUGGGCUUUGAGCAAAAGGAACGAGAGCGAGAUUUGAAUGGCCCAAAAAAACGUGGCCCAAAACCCAAGAAUCUGGUUGUGAAGAGUCGAGCUCCCCGAGCCGAGGCGAGUGGGGCCUCGGCCUCUGUGGCCUCCCCCUCUCCCAAACUGCACUCUUUGGCUGCAACUCACAAGCUGAAGAAGGACAUCCACCGCUGCCACCGUAUGUCCCGCCGCCCACUGCCCUCCAUGUCAACCGUCCUGUCCUCUGGGGGUGUCCACUCGCGGCCUCAUGUCUCCCCCUUUUCUGAGACUGUCCGUAUCCUUAACCGCAGAGUUAAGCCACGUGAGGUCAAAAGAAGCCGUAUUAUUCUCAACCUGAAAGUCAUUGACAAGGCUGGCCGGGCUGGUGGAGCUGCAGGUGGCAGGGGUCUCUCCACAGGACGUCACAAUAUUCCUUCCCGCAAUCGGAUCAUCAAAAAAGGAGAAGCUCCCUACAAGCCUUUCCAGUCACCAUUAAGGAUGCUUGGCUUCCCCAUGUACGGCAAGCCUUUUGGGCUGCAGUGUGGAGGCCCAUUCCCUUCUCAGCCUGGACCCAUCUCAAGCUCUGCUGCUCCAUCAAAAACCCAUGCCCCACAGGGUUCGGCGGAGCCGGUUGACCUUGUGUCCUUAUCAGCGGGACUUAUGCCAACUGAAGGAGCCAUGUCACAGCAAGAGGGUGAGGGCCCACCCAAAGGGGGUUCCGGAUGGCAUCCUAAGCUGACUCCAAGCUGCAAAGAUGUGGUAGUCACAGAUGUGACAACCAACCUUGUCACUGUGACCAUCAAAGAGUUCCCGUCUCCUUCAGACAGCCCCAAUAGUAGCACUGACGCCCCACCGCCCAAGCAACAGAACUGA